AUGAAGAAUCUGGUAGACUCUGAAACCUUAGUUGCAGAAAAUGAUUGGACGUUUGGCCAAAUUAUUUCUCUAGCAUUGUUAUCAUCGUCUCUAUUUCCAAUCUUGGAAUUGCUAUACAAAUCUUGUGCAACUGGUAAGCACAAUCAAACACUUGACACGAGAGUAUCAAAAUUCAACUACUUAUCCGUAUUUGCAGAAAUCGACCGGAAGGAUAUUGGGACACAGACAAGUCCUUUAACUAUCCCCUCAAUCCCAUGUUAG